UGGAGCGGUGUGUUUUUUUGGGAUUAUUGAGAAAUUACGUACGAUCGUUAUAAAUGUUUUUUUUUGAUUUUAACUAACUCUAUUAAAUUAACAACUGUCGGUGUAAAGUAUUCGUAAUUUUUUACAGUGUUAGUAUUUGGAUAGCCUUUAGAUCAUUUUUCUUCCAUUGGUUGAUUCCAACAUUGAAAAACGUAAUUUUAUAAAUUUUAAAGUUCUAACCGUGCAUAUGUAAUGGGAGAUAGAGAUUGGAGACCGUUUAUUUACGGCGGCUUAGCGUCAAUAGUUGCAGAAUUUGGCACGUUCCCUAUAGACACAACUAAGACUCGUCUCCAAAUCCAAGGUCAGAAGAUUGACCCUCGCCAUGUGACCCUGCGCUACACUGGCAUGGUGGAUUGUUUUGUGAAGACUUCACAGCAGGAAGGAAUCAAAGCUUUGUACUGUGGAAUCUGGCCGGCGGUACUCCGACAAGCCACAUACGGGACCAUAAAGUUCGGCACCUACUACUCGCUGAAGGACAUCCUGGGCAAGUACCGCGCUGACGGCGGCGCCAAGGAGCAUUUGCUCACGAACACCUUCUGCGCGGCGUUGUCCGGCGGUCUGUCCAGCGCUAUCGCAAAUCCUACUGAUGUGCUCAAAGUUCGGAUGCAGAUGGGCAAUGAGAAACGCAACCUGGUGCGUUGUUUCAUCGACAUGUACCGCGUGGAGGGCGCGCGCGGGCUGUGGCGCGGCGUGGCGCCCACGUCGCAGCGCGCCGCCGUGAUCGCGGCCGCCGAGCUGCCCGCCUACGACGCCUGCAAGCGGCGCCUGGCGCCCGCGCUGGCCGACUCGCCCGCCAACCACCUGGCGUCCAGCCUGCUGGCCAGCCUCGGCAGCGCCGUGGCCAGCACGCCGCUCGACGUCGUCCGGACUCGGCUAAUGAACCAAAGAAAGGUGAAGGACCACGUGCACAGACCUAACGAGAGGAUAUACAGAGGAACCGUAGACUGUUUUCUACAGACGGUCCGCAACGAGGGCUUCCUGGCGCUGUACAAGGGCUUCGUGCCGACGUGGCUGCGCAUGGGCCCGUGGAACGUCAUCUUCUUCCUCACGUACGAGCAGCUCAAGCAGCUGCACUGAACCGCUUCCGGCCGGCAGGGGGGAGGUGGGGGUUGGGGGGGGGGGAGGAGUCGGGAGACUCUAUCGUCGAGAGCGACCACUGGGAAUAGUCAACUAGCUUGAGCCGAGAUCGUGAGGAAUGUGAGACAGGAAUAGUCCAGAAUUACGAACACUAGUUUGACUAAUUUAUUUUAUUUAUUUAAACCUAUUUUUUAGCCUUAAAACAAAAGUUUAACUUAAUGCUGUAUGCAUUAACUUUUUACGCUCAUAGAAUAUAAAAUACAGAUUGUGUCAAGUGUUUAAAAAUAUAUAUGUACAAGAAAUGAGCGUGCGUAAUAAAAGAACUAUGUAGAUUUAUUUCAAUUGUAAGAAAUACAAUUCUAUAGCGGACUAAGUGUAUAUAAACGGACUCGAUGCUAAAAGCAUAACGAUGUGUCUAAGAAUCAAUGAAUCAUACCAAGUAUUGUGUGUAUAUAUGUAUUUUUUCUAUUGAUUUUGUUUUAAGUAUAUAAACUAGUGUUCCUAAUUUCGGGGUCUCAACUAUAGUGAAAUUUCGUAAAUGUAAGUAGUAGCGCAAUCUAUACUAAUAUAAUAAAGUUAAAGGGUUUGUUUGUUUGUUCAUUUGUUUGAACGCGCUAAUCUCAGGAACUGCUGGUUCGAAUUGAACAAUUCUUUUUGUAUUGAAUAGACCUAUCGAGGAAGCCUUAAGGCUAUAUAAUAUCACGCUGCAACUAUUAGAAGCCAAGAAAUAAUGGAGAAUGUGAAAAAAAUCGGGGAAAAUUAUUCAACCUUGAGGGCUUCAAUGAUGUCCAAAAUAACUAUUCCACGCGGACGAAGUCGCGGGCACAGCUAGAUUAUUAUAAGUACGAACUAAUGAAUCUAAUUCAUAGUUCUAAAAUAUUACCAAAGCAGGUAUUAACUCGUAGUGUUCAUAUUAUUGUUAUUAGCUAAAUGUACCUAUGGAGUGUGUUUGUAAGCAAUGUCUUAAAGAUAAUUGUCUAAGGUUUACUAACUUUUUGUAUUUUUAUUUGAUUUGUAUUCAAAUGAGAACUUAUCUAUAUAAGUCUUCUUCCUCCUGGCUUUAGUCCUGGUUAUAUAUAUAAGUGUUUAUUAUAACUAUAUAUUUAUUUCUCAUUUACUUCCUUUUAAUGUACUGGUAUCGUGGCGAGUGGAGAGAUGUAAUCUCUCCCUUCCACACCAGGAAACCAUGCAAAUUUCAAUUUCUUUAUAUGAGAUAAAAAUAAAAUUGACAUUUUCCAUUGCAUUUACUUAUAUAGGUAUCUAAUGCUUAGGUAUACAGGAUUGUGGUGUUGUAAAUUAUACGAGGUGUUUUAUGAGGUGAUGGAUGUUAAAAGGAAGGAGCUUAUGAAAUAAACCGCUACCUAUCGCUACAAGUAUAAAACUAAUUGUUAUUGUCGUCUGUCUGUCUAUAAACUUAAUAUAAACUUAAUAUAUAUAUAUAUAUCAGUAGAGAUUAAAGUGUGGUUACUUUAUAAUGUACUACCACGUUUAUAAGUCAUCACGGCUAUAUUCGACGACGAACGAAUAACUCAAAAUAAUAACGACUUUAUUGCAAGUAUAUUGAACUUAAAAUACAAAAACAAAAUGUGCUAUCUCGCACGUUAGCAGACAGUUCAGUUCGCGGGUUUUAAUGCAGCGCUGUGAUUGGCUUAAAUAUUUUCGCGCUUAAACUUAGACGUCUGCGCAUGUAAAUCGGUUUAACUUAUAUAAGUGAUUAUGUUGUACUCGUUUGUUAAACAGUUUCUUUUAAAUUGGAAGUAAAUGCUAAGUUCAAGUGAAAAUAUGUAUUUCUCAGUAAGAAUUGGUUAAAAUUAUUUUAGCAAAUGUUUCGUGACACUCUUGUAUCAAUAGUUAUAUUUUGUAUCAUAAAAGUAAAUGUCUUAAGAUCCAAAAUACAAGUCUUCGCAUUUACUUUACCUUGAAAUUCUACUAAUGUGUUAUUGACCACAUAAGUAGAAUUGUACGGCUGGCUAACUGGACAAACUUCACUUAGUGGGACUGCUAAGGGGUUAUGGCGGUAUUUCACCAUAGAAAUAAAAGCUAUACUAAGUGCAUAGUAAUGUGUACCUAAUAAAUGUAAUUGUUUGGAGUGAGAUAUAUCUAUAUUGUAAAAAUAGUAUAUUCGUACUUUAUCGAAAUCAUUGAAUAAUAUUUAAAAUAACAAGAACUAUUGCCAAAACAGCACAUCAAGGUGCUUUUUAAUGUUAUUCAUUGAUUAAAAUAGAUGGCGCGCAACAUAAAGUGUAUUGUUCCACUCUGUAUAAAUCUACCACACUGUAUAAAUGUAGUUAAGAAUUACUUCUUUUUAAUAACAUAUAAUUCCUGUGCUACACGACCCGUAUUACUUGUUAAUUGUAUUAUAAUAAAUAUUAUUACUUAAUUUAAAGCGAACUUGGAAUCUGAAAUAUUAAUUUUGUUAUUUCUGACUGAAGUCAGUGCUUGUGACAAAAAUCUCAUGCGACUGUGAAAUUGUAGUGAUAGUGUUGACUUCCUGAGUUAUGAUUAUAAUUUGUUGAUCAAUAAACGUUGUAUAGCUAAUUUAGUUUUUUUAUUU